ACCAAUUACUCUCUUUCUCUCUCCACCAAUAUGAAGUGCUAAUUUUUUUUUGGAGGUUUAGAAUUAUUUAACCUCAAAAAUAUAAAAAUGGGUGAAAAUGAUGAUACAAAUAAAUUAACUAAUGGUGAACAAAGUGAUGUUGAUUCACCGAAUCCACCAGCCAUGGAAAAAUUAAUUCCUGAGUUUGAAAGUUUUGACGACUUUGUUAAGGCUGGAUUUAGCGGCGUUGGAAAUGGAAUCAAGGCGGCAAACAGCUUGCCGAAAGGCGAGAAUUUUCAGUACUACUCAUGCUUUCAAGCUUUUAAAAAUUUUCGAAUUAAGCAAACUAAAAAAAUAAGUGAAUUAAUGCAAUCUAUCGUAGAGAGAGCUGGAGCCGCUGGCAGUAUGACAGAUCGUGACACUGAAGAAAAAAUUAAGCUUUUAAUAGACACCAACGACAUUCUUCUGGAUCGAACAAGUGUUCUGCUGGACGAGGAGGCGGGAAUAAAAAAGAACCUCGACGUAGAAUUGAUUGUGACAUCUACCAAGACAAAUAACUGCGGCUCGUGGAAUACAUCAACAGUAACCCAAAGCCCCAAGGCUGCUGGCACAAAAAACGCACAAGCAAUAAGACUUCUAGCAGCCAAAAAUGUCCAGCGACCCCAGUUGUCUUUCAAAGAUAAAAUUGACAACAGUUCAAAGCCCUGGGAGCCUCGAAUUAAGGACAAACCAAACAGCUUGAAGCCUCUGGGAAUUUAUUUGAUUGAUGGAAUCAACGGUCAAGUCUUUUGUCAUCCUUAUGAAUUUGAACUGGACCGAUUUUCACCGGCAGAAAAGCAAUUAAAGAAAGAAAAACCUAUCAAGUAUAAAUCUCUUGAACAAACUCCUUUGAAAAUAAUAGAAACACUAGAAGAUUUACAAAUAAUGAUUAAAGAUUUGGAGAAAUAUGACGAAAUAGCUGUAGAUUUAGAACAUCAUUCAUACCGUUCAUUCUUGGGGAUAACGUGUCUCAUGCAAAUAUCAACCCGAGACACUGAUUAUUUAGUAGACACUCUGUCGUUGAGGUCAGAAUUACAUUUACUUAAUGAAAUAUUCACCAAGCCGUCAGUAUUAAAAGUAUUUCAUGGAGCAGAUCUGGAUAUCCAAUGGCUUCAACGCGAUCUUUCGCUUUACGUCGUUAAUAUGUUCGAUACUCAUCAAGCAGCUAAGCACUUGAAUUUGCCUUACCUUAGCUUGGCUUAUUUAUUAAAAACCCACUGCAAAGUCGACCCCAACAAACACUUUCAACUGGCAGACUGGCGUAUCCGUCCUUUACCCGAAGAGCUGACGAAGUACGCGCGAGAAGACACGCAUUACUUACUCUAUAUCAAAGAUAUCCUUCGAAAUGCUUUGAUCGACGCAGCGAAUGGACAGACGAAUAUUCUGAAGGCUGUUUAUGACCGUGGAGUUGAUAUUUGCAAGAAAAUUUACGAGAAGCCGAUAUGUGACGAAACCAGCUGUAUGAACAUGUACCGUAAGAGCCAGAAGAUGUUCAAUAAUAAGCAGUUGUACGCGUUGAAGGAACUGUUUGCUUGGCGAGAUGAAACUGCUAGACAAGAAGACGAUAGUACUGGUUACGUUUUGCCGAAUCAUAUGUUGCUGAAUAUUGCUGAGACCUUGCCCCGUGAAAUGCAAGGUAUUCUGGCGUGUUGUAAUCCUAUUCCUCCGCUAGUUAGGCAGAAUUUGUUGAAGCUGCAUAAAUUAAUUCUUAAGGCGAGAGAACAGCCACUGAUAAAUCCGGUGUUGCAGCAGGAAUUGAGGCCGAGGUUAAAUUUAAAUAAUCAACCUGCAGAUUCUGAUAUCUGGAUGUGGUCGCCGCAUGAUAAUAUAACUGGAGUUGAUGUUCAAGCUAAUUUACCUUGUCUGAUCAAUGAUGAAGAAGAAGAAAGUUCUAGUAUGGACACCAGCGAUGAUAAGAAAAAUUUUAAAAAUUUAGAGAAAAGUGGGAAAGCAAAACAUCAAGUGACAGUGUUUGACAGCCCAGUUAAUUCCGAUGAUGAAGACUCCGCUGCCAGGAAAAAACUUUUGAAAGCUAAGAAAUUAUUUGCCAGUCCGUUCCAGAGGUACAAGCUUGUGAUUCCGAUGAUUGCAGCAAUAGAAGAACUGGAGCGUAAGAGGAAAGAAGAAGAGGAGAAACGGACUGAGGAAACUAAGACGAGACUGGAUGAAAGAGAAGCUGCAGAUAAUGCUGAGCGUGUCGAACGCAUUCAUGAACACUUUAUGAAUGUUGUGAGUCAGAAUGAUAAAAGUAAGAAGAAAAUUGAUGAUAAUCUUCAAGUCCCGCUGACUGCGAUACCCGGGACUAAAAAAAGAAAACGAGAUAUUGAGGAUGAUGAUGAUGAUGAUAAUGAUGAUGAUAAGAAUAAUGUCAGACAAAGUAAACUUGAUUUCACAAAUCCAGCACCUGCUAAAGCGAGUACUGUUGUUGUUAAUUCUUUCAAGAAACGACAAAGGAACGAUGAGGAUGAUGAUGAUAAUUGUCAGCCGAAAAAAAAGAAGAUGACUAAGAAGCAGAGAAAAGCUUUUAAUAAGGCUAAUAAUAAUUCAGUCAGUCCUAUUAAACCAUUAAAUGCUUACGCAAAUUCAGACUUGAAGCGAAAAGCGCAAAAGGCUUUAAAUAGAAAAGAGUUAGAAGAAAAGGGUAUGCUGCCUAAACAAGAUUUCAAUUACAAAGAAGUUGAUUUCUCCAGUUUUCAGGGAGGUAGUAAAACUUCUUCUGCUAAAAACGCGCCUUUUAUGCAGCAGCAGAACAAAGAAAAGAGAAAAAAAGGCAAGGGCAAAAAGAAGAAAGAAAAAUUAGGAAUAUGAAACUCUUAAAAAAUUU